AUGGCUUCACUAGAAGAGGUCCAAGAAGCAGAUUCCCGUCCUAGCUCUGUUGAAAUUGUUGAAAUUACAGAUGAUGAACUACCAGGUGCUGCUGAACUAUGCCUUUUCUUCAAAAAGCUUUUCUGCAUACAGCAAGCAAAAGUAGAUCCCAGCGAAAAUGAAAAUGAAGAGAUCCCGACACCUCAGUGCCAUCCUUUAAUUCCUAUACGGCUGCUUCCACUUAUCCUUGCCUUAUUACUCACUGUAAUCAUAGCAGUUGCCAUUGGCCUGGGUGUUCACUUCAACUGUAUUGGGAGGUUUCGGUGCAGGUCAUCCUUUCAAUGUAUUGAUCAAACAGCAAGGUGUGAUGGUGUCUUCAACUGUAAAGAUGGCGAGGAUGAGUAUAGAUGUGUCAGGCUAAGUGGCAAGAAGGCGGUGUUGCAGGUGUUUGCUUUUGGAAACUGGAGGACUGUGUGUUCAGAUGACUGGAAAGACAACUACGGGAGAAUUACAUGUAAAUACUUAGGUUUCUCAAGUUUUGUGAGCUCGGAUGGCUUCCCGGUGGCUGCCACUGAAUAUGAGUUUCAGAAGUAUUUUGUCACUGCAAAUCACUGGUUAUCAGCUGAUCAGCUGACAUCACCACAAAACGCAACCUACUUGCGAGAAGAGUGUACUUCAGGCAAUGUGAUUGUGUUAAAAUGUUUGGCGUGUGGCACUAGGACCAGAUAUUCCCCACGAAUAGUUGGUGGAAAUGCAUCCGUGUCCCAGCAAUGGCCAUGGCAGGCCAGUCUUCAGUUUCAAGGAUAUCAUUUGUGUGGUGGGUCAGUCAUUACCCCCUGGUGGAUUGUCACAGCAGCUCACUGUGUUUAUGAUUUGUUCUUGCCUAGAGCAUGGAGUGUGCAAGUGGGUUUUCUAACACUGGAAGAUAACCUUGUUAAUCCAUACUUAGUGGACAAAAUUAUAUACCAUAAAAAUUAUAAACCUAAAACAAUGGGGAAUGAUAUAGCGCUGAUUAAGCUGGCCAAUCCACUUGCACUCAAUGGUCAAAUAGAGCCAGUUUGUCUUCCUAAUUUUGGAGAACAUUUUCCAGAAGGGAAAAUGUGUUGGAUAUCAGGAUGGGGAGCUACAGAAGAAGGAGGUGACACUUCAGACACCAUGAAUUAUGCUGGUGUCCCUUUGAUUUCUAACAAGGUGUGCAACAACAGAGAAGUCUAUGGAGGAAUUGUAGCUUCUUCAAUGCUCUGUGCAGGUUAUUUAAAGGGAGGUGUAGACAGCUGCCAGGGAGAUAGUGGAGGACCAUUGGUAUGUGAAGAUAUGAAUACUUGGAAGCUAGUGGGAACUACCAGCUUUGGGGUGGGCUGUGCAGAAGAAAAUAAACCAGGUGUCUACAGUCGCACCACCUCAUUUCUGGAUUGGAUACAUGAACAAAUGGAGAGAGAAGAAUGGAUGAGAGAAGGUUAGCACCCUUAUCCAAGCUCUUUGAAAUGUUUUGUAACAAUCAACUUUGAUCCUGCAUUUUUAUUUUUAUUUUUGCACUGGCUAACAGAGGAUUGCUGCAGUUAUCUUUGCUCUCAUCCCCAUUGCUAGUGGCACUCUGUGUCAUCAUGGAAAAUAUUCUUCUAGUGAUGCCUUCACCUGGUUUUCAGUUGUACACAUGCCUGCAUGCUAAGUGUCCUUCUCUUUCACCCCUGGCACACUGAAAUGGAAAAGGAAGCUCCCAGAGGCGGGAACAUGGUGGGAGAUUUGAAGGCUGAACCUACUGACCUCAGCAGCUGCCUGCAGCAAGCCAGCCAGAAAAACAAAACAAAAACAGGGCAGGAAGGUGACACCACCAGAGGGGAAGGUCUAUCAAGAUCGAAUGAGAUUGGACGCCUUCAGGCUAGUGUGGCUUGAGUUGCUAUAAUGCAGCAAAACCUGGAAUUAGUGAAGGUCUUAACUCACAUAUUUUCUGACAUACUAUAUAAGGGUGCUAGAUCUGAAGACAUAUGAUGCAGCGGUAACCACUUGCUACCACAAGACCAGCAAUCCUGUAACAGCAAGAGAAGAACUUACACAGAAAUCACAUUGCCAGCGACUGCUCCCUGUGACUAGGUUUUGUCACAUUUCCUGCCCAAAGAUCAGGACUGCACUGUAACACCCCUCCUACGUCUCUUUCUACAUCAAGCUCAUGCUGCCUUCCUCUCCACAUAUCUUUCAGCAGAUUGGUUCUUUCUAAAACCAAGUGGGCAGAAAUGAUCGAGCAACUCAAAUUACUGUGAAAGGGCCUAUUGUUCCUCCAGCCUAACAAAAUCUGCAAAUAAACACAGCCUUGCCCUUUUGUACACUUAUUCUGAAUUUCUGAGUUGAAUUCAGUGCCUAGUAGACUAGGCACUUUGUAAACAAACAAACAAAGAAACAAAGAAACAUAUUGAUUUAUAAAAUUGGAUGGAAAGA